AUGGGUUACACGCUUUGUGUCUUAGGAUGCGGCACCAUGGGCAUAGCUGUUACGUCUGGUGUCCUCGCCAGCUUGGACUCCCAUAGCCCUCUUCAACCCAGCUUUCCUCCCCAGAAGUGGGAGUCGCACACGCCGGGGACCUCUACUCCAGUCAACGCCGCGGACGUGGACCCCUCCCUUCCCUCCCAUUUCAUCGCUUGCGUGAAGCGAGAGGAAAGUGUGAAGAAGCUGGAGAAAAUAUUCGGGGCACUCGGAAGCCUCAGUUCUACCGUAGAGAUCACGGCGGGAGAUAAUCUCAACUCCAUCAAGCGAUCCGACGUUAUCCUGCUCUGUUGCAAGCCUCAGCUUGCUCAUGGCAUCUUGAGUGAACCGGGCAUUAAGGACGCUCUCGAGGGGAAGCUUCUCAUCAGCAUUCUAGCCGGUGUGACCAUCUCGCAGCUCACUGCGUGGGUCCUUCCCUCCACAAAAGUCAUCCGCGCCAUGCCCAACACGCCUUGCAAAAUCCGCGAGGGCAUGACUGUCGUUACAACCAUCCCUCAAUCCGACACGGUCGAGCUUGACCGGUCCAUCAUCCUCAAAAUAUUCUCAUCCAUUGGCCGCUGCCGUUUCCUCGAUGAGAAGCAUUUCGACGCAUGCACCGCAUUGUCAGGUUCCGGACCUGCUUUUGCAUGUCUAUUUCUCGAGGCUAUGGCCGACGGAGGGGUUAUGAUGGGUCUUCCGAGGGCGGAAGCGCUUGAGCUCGCUGCGCAGACCUUACAAGGUGCUGCACGCAUGGCAUUACAGCCUGGCAUGCACCCAGCCCAGAUAAAGGACACCGUCACCACCCCCGGAGGAUGCACUAUCGCAGGUCUUCUCACAUUAGAAGAUGGUAGAACACGAUCCACAAUCGCUCGUGCUAUCCAAGUGGCUACGGAACGAGCAAGCGAGUUAGGCCAGCCGGCCAAAUGA